CGGACAACAAAAUCAAGCAAGAAGCAAGCAUAAGCAGUGGGGAUACGAAUAAUGGCAAGGCCAAAAGCCAUUCCUCGCGUGUACUAGUCAAUCACCAGUUGAACAAGGCCCCAGAAAGCCAAGUCUCGCAACGUUGCAAAGCCAUGGAUCUGGCUGAACGUAUCGGACUACGAAAAGAGAAAUUCAACUGCGAAUGGGCCAACCCCAGAGAAUCCAUCGGCGACCGUCUUGGCGACAUCCAAUCUGGCAAAUACACAUGCUGGAAACCCGUUGGCCGGGCUCGAGAGGCAUGGAAUGCGGUCCGGCCUAGAAUCAAGGAGUAUUUGGAUAAUUUCUGUCAGUCAAACUCGUCUUCGGUUAUCCUGGAGAUGUACAUGAUUGGCAAAACUGAAGACACGGCAUCUCCCACCAUCUUGAUUUGCUCCUCGGAUAGGGCAACCCGAAAAAACAUCAGAAAGACGAUCAAAGAAAAUAAAUUUCUUGAGAGGUACCCUGGGAUAGGCUUAGGAGAUACGAAUGAGCUGCCAGAUAGGCGCAGAGUCAUCAGGAUGGCUGGUCUACAUUCAACACCGGGUUCGGUCCCCAUUGCCGGCGCCGAUACCGAGACUCCCAUGGUGUACACUCUACGAGAUGCAAAGUGUGUCGUUGGCCGACAACUCUUCAUCAGCACUGGCGAACAUGGACGUAUCGCAACCGGAGGCCCUAUUGUGUGGAUUCAGGAAAAGUCAUAUCAACUCUCCGUCGCACAUGUCCUACAGCCUGUCCAUGACACAAGCAAUGGCUCAGAUGGAUCCUCGGCAUCGGACGAGUGCUCAUUCGACGGCGACUCGGAGACGCAGGAGGAUUCAGGCGACAUACCAGACCAAGAGGUGUCCAGAAAAUGGAGCAACACUCCGGAAGAACUCCAUUCUUGGAGCAGUGACAAUGAUUCUCAUAGUGAGAGUUCGAUUUCGCCGCAGGAGACAGAUAGCAGAAUUCCUACGGUACCGACAACUUCGGACGCACUCAGUCGAAUCCCCGCCGUCAGCGAUUACGAAAUCAGUCUGGAUUCUCAUCGAUCUCAACCGGCACAACACUUUAACGCAGCGUCUACUCGCGUUGAUGAUAUGAUCAAGAGAAGUGAUCAUAAUCUCCAGCACAUCGGGAAGAUAUCUAUCACAUCCAAUGACAGUACUCAAAUUGGCCUCGACUAUGCUCUGGUAGAACUCGCAGAGAGUGUCGAAGAACAUGGCUCUAUCAAAUUCGAACUGGAUGGCGUCGAGCGCUGUCUUAAGAUUUCACAAGUGGCUGAAAUUGGGUUCCAUGAUGUGGAUGUGGUAACACGGACAGCUUCAAAAGGAAUACUCACGGGAAAGCUGUCCGCUACGGCGUCUUACAUGCGCUUGCCCAACUCCAAGACCUUUCAGGAGCUGUUCCUGGUCCAGUUGAGCGACGUUCUCAGCGAAGGGGACUGCGGGGCGGGCAUCAUCGACCAAACUACAGGAGAAUUUUACGGCCAAGUUGUUGCGGGAACUCCUGGCAGUGGACUCGCAUACGUUGUUCCAGCAACCCAGGUGAUCGCCGACAUCACGGAAAGGUUGAAGUUGGAAGUGAAAUUGACACCGCCCGCAGCGACCUCCAGGCAAAGAAUGAGAAUACACCAUGAACAGCAAGCGGAAUCGGACAACAAUGAAGACGAGCCAUCUGAUAAAACAAGAAAGCCUGUCAUUCAUGCUCUUAGCCAACCACACCGAGUCACAGGCUCUCGUUUCACGGACGAUGAGACGCGGUUUCUCUUAGCUGAAAUGAUCAAGGCCAACGAAUUGGAUGUUGAAGACGUAAGGGAAUUCGUCAACGGCCAUGUGGCCAAGCCUAACUGGAUGCAAAUGCAACUGCCCUUAGGCCGAAACUUGAACCAAUGUAUCCAAGAAGCAGAGCACCUUGGCUUCAAGCUCCAGCACGCUUGGCACAAGCGUAAGAUGUCAGGUGAUCAGAGCGAGACCGCCAUUAAAAGGAUCACAAUGCCAAGAAAUAUAGAACCAACAGCAACUCUUGCAGCUAUCCCUUCGACUAGAGUAGCUAUCCUCCCUCGCCCAGCUACCAAUUCGGCUGAGAUCCCCUCGAUGAAAGCCCUUCAGGCGCCUCCUCCCACAGCCCCGAAAAAGAAAGGUCGACCAGCUCGUGCGGAUAAGUCCAGGUUCCGCCCAAUCCUCCCACGACAUAUCGCGCCCGCGCCUCGUCCCGUCGAACAAAGCCAACACAGUCUGGAGAGCCAGCAUAGAGAUUCUAGCCAGGGGCAUAACGAAGCCUUAGCUACACCGCCACAAACUUUCCUCCCCUUCAGCUCUCCUGGUGGAGGCUUAACACCGAAUCUCAUGAAUAGCACCGAAGGUACUUUCCAUGCUAGGCUUGCAACAGGGGAGGGAAAACAUUUCGAAGCGUCACACCCUGUAGCUGUACCGGGUCCAAUUCUAUUCGAACCUAAACCUAGAGCUAGCGGGUCUCGGUUAAGUAGUCCUCCUGAAGAGCAAGCACAAUUGGAACGAACGAUUGAUCUCACCAAAGCUGCAGAAACCAAGCCGCAAUAG